UAAACAUUCCAAUAUAUAUACAUACAAAUAAAAUAUAUUGACAUUAAAAAUGUCGGAGACAGGAGCAUCUAAUGCCCAACAAAAAAAGCCCACCACACUAAAUAAUGAAACUGCCUGCUGUACAUGGUCAUCAUUUGCAAGAACAUUAGAGAGUUGGGUGUUUCGUUUAAUAAAUAUAAUUGCACGAUUUAUAUUUCAAUUAAUAUACGGUGUUAAUGGAAAAUCUAUGCCCGCAAUAACUGAUCCAAUUCUAUUAGAAUCUGCAAGUUCAUUGGCUAGAAAGAUUCGAAGACAAGAGCUGACAAGUGUUCAAGUUUUGGAAUCUUUCAUCCGACGAAUUAAAGAUGUGAAUCCUUUACUAAACUGUGUAGUAGAUGAGCGCUUCGAUGAUGCAAUGAAAGAGGCUCAAGAAGCAGAUGAAUUAAUUAAAUCUGGUAAAUUUUCUGAGAAUGAAUUGGCAGAUAAAAAGCCGUUUUUGGGAGUGCCGAUAUCAACCAAAGAUUGCAUAGCGGUAAAGGGAUUGUUGCACACUUCAGGACUGUAUGAACGACGAAAUUAUAAAGCUGAAAAGGAUGCCGAAACAAUUGCAUUAAUGCGUCAGGCUGGAGCUAUUCCAUUUGCUUUAACGAAUGUUUCGGAAGUGUGUAUGUGGUGGGAAAGCAACAAUACAGUCCAUGGGCGUAGUCGUAAUCCAUACGAUACAAAUCGAAUUGUAGGUGGUUCUAGUGGCGGUGAGGGAUGUAUACAGGCAGCAGCUGCAUCACCCUUUGGAUUAGGUUCCGAUAUUGGAGGUUCCAUUCGUAUGCCUUCCUUUUUCAAUGGCAUUUUUGGUCACAAACCCUCAAAGUUUGUAGUAUCUAAUGAAGGACAAUUUCCCAUUCCAUUUUCCGUCGAGCAAAAUUCAUUUUUGGGCAUUGGACCUAUGGUGAGACAUGCUGAAGAUUUGAAGCCUGUACUGAAGAUUAUAGCAGGCGAAAAAUCCUCUCUGUUGAAACUUGAUGAACCAGUCGAUUUGAAAAAGCUUAAGUUCUUUUACAAGGAAAACGAUGGUGGUGGUCGUUUAGUAUCACCAGUUGAUAAGGAUAUAAAAGAGGGUGUUCAUCGCAUUGUUGAACAUUUGCAGAACAAGCUAAAUGUUCCUGUUGAACAAGUUCAGUUAUCACAAUUUCGGCAAUCUGCUACGAUAUGGUUCGCUAAUAUGAAAGAUGAUUCCGGCUAUGGCUUUGAACACCAACUGGGUAAUUUAAAAUUUGCCAUCAAUCCUUAUACGGAAUUGUUAAAAUGGUUUAUAGGAGCAUCUAAACAUACCUUUAUUGGACUACUCACUGCUAUCUUGGAUAAAUCUCAAUGUCAAUUUGGAUCCUCCAAAUAUCAUCAUUUAGUUCAAAAACGCAAUGAACUGCGCGAAGAAAUGCAAAAACUUCUUGGCGAUAACGGCGUUCUAAUAUAUCCAACUCACCCCACCGUAGCUCCUUACCACAAUGAACCCAUUAUAAAGCCUAUUAAUUUUUCUUAUACUGGUAUUAUCAAUGUCUUGGGAUUUCCAGCAACAGCUGUACCAUUGGGUACGUUAGGAUCAGAAGGUUUACCAAUUGGCGUUCAAGUUAUAGCCAACUUUAAUCAGGAUCGUCUCUGUUUGGCUGUGGCUGAAGAAUUGGAAAAGGCGUUUGGAGGUUGGGCUAGACCAGCAAUAAGCAUUUAAACUUAGAUUUUGAACGAUUUUUUAAUUAACUUAUGUUCAAUAUUUUUUUAAAGUAUUUUAAAAUACUACUUAUAUAUGUAUAUUAAUUUAUUUGUGUGUUCUUGUAUAAACUAUUGUAUUAAUAAUAUGUAUUUUGGAAAUAAACAAAUAUUUCACACCAUA